AUGAAACUUGAGAAAUUAUUAGAUGUAUCAACUAUUGAAUUCAUUACAAAUAAACUAGAUCAACAAUCGCUUGAAUAUCCUGAUGAAGAAGGUAAUUUAAGAUUGUUGCGCUGGCCUGUAUAUAUUAAGUCCACAUUAGUUCAUUUUAAUCUUUACGUCGUAUAUAGUAAUCCUUCUAAGUGCAGGCUGUUUGGAGUGAAACCUAUUUUUGAGCAUGAAAUAUCUAAUAUUUUGAUGAAAUCAAUCUUUGGUUAUAUCUCUUCUUUACUUGAAGAUUCCUCUGCUUAUUGGCAUUCUGCUCUUCAGGAUAAUACAAGUAAUACUGAAGACGCAUCCAAUAAUAGUAAUAUUCUUAUUGCCAAUGACUACCUUGCUAAAAAUAAUACCAUCUAUUCUGAAUUGAUUUCAAAAUGCAAUAUUUCUUGGUUAUUGCAUUAUGAAAGUUUAUUCUAA